AUGGCGGUAAAACGAGUAGUAUCUCUUUUACCUUCGGCUGCAGAAAUUGUUUCAUUGAUUAUUGAUAACAACCCAUCUGUUCAGCUUGUCGGAAGAAGCCAUGAAGACGAUUAUCCUCCUUCUGUGAAUACUUUACCGAUCCUUACUGCGCCAAAAACUAAGUUUACCACAUCCGCCGAUGUUGACGUACAAGUAUCCAAUCUUCUCGCUGAAGGAAAUAGCCUUUAUACUUUGGAUACCGCUUUACUGAAAAGUCUGAGGCCAGAUAUUGUUAUAACGCAGGAUCUAUGCACUGUUUGUUCGAUUGAUCUAGUUACAGUACAACGUAUUGCAAAACAGAUUGAUCCAGAACCUACUAUAGUAACACUAAAUCCUUUGUCUAUAGAGGACGUUAUAUCAUCAAUUUCUGAUGUUGGAAAAGCAUUGGGGAUGAUUGAAGAAUCGUCCAGGGCGAUAUCAAUGCUUAGGUCACGUAUUAAUCAUGCACGGGACCUAGUUAAUCGAAGUAUUGCGUCAGGUAGAAAACGUUCAAAAGUGGCAUUUUUUGAAUGGACAUCACCUAUAUAUCUUGGUGGCCAUUGGACUCCACAACUGAUUCGAUGGAGUAAUGGUAUACAAGUGUUGGCAGAUUGCAAAGAUGGCGACACCGCUGAGAUGGGUGCUCCCCCUUCAGUUCGUGUUCCUCCGGAAGACGUUAUACGCGAAAAGCCCGAGAUUCUCAUAAUCUGUCCAUGCGGGCUUAAUCUUGAUGCUACUAGAAAAGAGUACGAAGAAACACUGUUGCCUUCAAACUGGUGGCCUCCACUUGCAAAAUGUGCUUCGAAAAUUGCGUUGGUGGAUGGAAAUCAGUCAUUUGACCAACUCAUUUCCAUUCAAAUUAAAGGCCUAGUAGACGCGCUUGAAUGGUUGGUUGGAUACAUUAACGACAUUCCGGAAAUCAUUCCUAAAAAUUUUCCCUGGGAAAAUUUAAAGUCUUAA